CCCCAAGAGGUCUGGCUGAGGCUGGGACUGGUGUCGGGGGUAGGAUAAUUUGCUGGGAGGGGGCUACUACGUUGAUGAAUUGCAGCAGGAGGGGGAAAGCAGCCCUGGAAGAACAUCUGCGCGGUUUGCAAAUGCUGAGCACAGAAUGAGGACUAUGUUUUUAUCUGGGUUGUCUCCUCCUUCCAGGGGAUGGCAAAGGGUUGCAGUGGAGCCAGUUCAGAGGCCGGUAACCUUUAGAGAUGUGGCUGUCUAUUUCACAGAGGGCCAGGGCGCUCUGCUGGGCCCGAAUCAGAGAGCCUUGUACAAAGAGGUGAUGAUGGAGAACUAUGAGAAUGUGGUCGCAUUAGGAAUUCCGAUCCCCAAGCCUAACCUCAUCUCCCGUCUGGAACGAGGGGACGAUCCAUGGCUACCAGAUUCUCAGGGCUGGGAUAGCAACCACUCAGCAGGUGUCUUGAAGAAGAAAAACUCAUGCCGCAAAUGUGGAAAAUGUUUUGCUCAGAAAUCGGAUCUUGUCAUCCACCGGAUAGUCCACAUGGGAGAAAAACCCUUCAAGUGCUUGGAGUGUGCAAAAUAUUUUGUUCAUCAUUCAGAGCUUGUGAAACACCAGAGAGUCCACACAGGAGAGAGACCCUUUAAGUGCUUGGAGUGUGGGAAAUGUUUUUCUCGUCAGUCCGUCCUUGUGAAUCACCACAGAAUCCACACGGGAGAGAAACCCUAUAAGUGUCUGGAGUGUGUGAAAUGUUUCACCCAGAGAUCGCAACUUGUAAGACACCGGCGGGUCCACACAGGAGAGAAACCUUAUAAAUGCUUGGAGUGUGGGAAGUGUUUUGCUCGUCACUCAGUCCUUAUAAACCACCAAAGAGUCCACACAGGAGAAAAGCCGUAUAAAUGUUUGGAGUGUUCAAAAUGUUUUGCUCGCCAGUCAGUCCUGGUGAAUCACCAGAGAGUCCACACAGGUGAGAAACCCUAUAAAUGUCUCGAGUGUGGGAAACGCUUUGCUCACCAAUCAAACCUCGUGAAUCACCAGAGAGUCCACACAGGAGAAAAACCCUACAAGUGCUUGAAGUGUGGGAAAUGUUUUGCUCAACAAUCAGACCUCGUGAAACACCGGAGAAUCCACACAGGUGAGAGACCCUAUAAAUGCCUGGUGUGUGGGAAGUGUUUUGCUAUCCACUCAGAUGUUGUGAAUCACCAGAGGGUUCACACGGGAGAGAAACCCCAUAAAUGCUCAGAGUGUGGAAAAUGUUUUGCUCAACGCUCCGCUCUUGUGAGUCAUCAGAGAGUCCACACAGGGGAGAAACCCUACAAGUGUCUGGAGUGUGAGAAAUGUUUUGCUCAGCUCUCCAACCUUGUGAAACACCAGCGAGUCCACACGGGAGAGAAACCCUAUAAAUGCUUGGAGUGUGGGAAAUGUUUUGCUCGACACUCUCACCUUCGCGUACACCAGAGAGUUCACUCAAAAGCUAAAUCCUAUCAACACCUCAAGUGUGGUGAAAACUUUAUAGAGAAAGGAGACUUUGUUCAGUAUUGUGUAGCCAACACUGGUUAAAUUCAUUCUGAAUAAUUGCAGGUUAGUAAGAAAAUUGCCCUAAAAGUAACAUUCAGCAUCAGUGUGUCCACCUCGUCGAAACAUUCCAUAGUACCUUAAAGUAAAUUCAGAGAUUAUAUCAGCAGGCUCUUUACCUGAACUGUGAGCCUGGUUUUGCAAUUUGUAUGCCAGACAUACACACCAGCAAGUUGAACACUAGUUCAGCUGUCUGGGUUGCUCUUCCCAGCAUGCUUCAGAUUUUUCCUUUUAAGAAGAAGAACAACACCACCACAUGUGCACUCAUUUGCUUCCAAUUGCCCUAAAAGUAAUAUUCAGCAUCAGUACUACUCUGAGCAUCAGUACUAAUCAGCACUACUCUGAAAAAUGUUAGUCUUCACUAUUAGUCUAGAAUCAAUUGGGAGAAAUUAAUGAUCCACUUUUUAGGUUUUGAGUGUCUGGCUCAGGAACAAAACAAGUGAAGCAGUGAUCAUUAUCCUCAAAGAACUUUAGCAUGCUUUAUCGCUGUGGAGCCUCAAGACAGAAGGGGAGUGCCCAAGAAUCAACUCUGUAGUACUGCAUCCCUGCGUAUACCACAAUUCUGUAAGCUGCAAAUAUGCACUCAUCAGUGAUAAAGAGUCAAGUUUAUGUAGCUGGAAUUGACAUUAAAAGCAUAAAAUUAUAAAUCACCUUGAGUUUUUCAGAAAAAGAAGCAUACAUGGUUUAAAAUAAGUUACGUAAUCAAAAUGAUUCAAAUUUAUAAUACUAACUUUAAAAACUCCACUUUCUGCAACCAACUUUGCUUAAGGCAGCAUCUGAUCAGGAGACCUACUUGGCAGCAGUUAUGCGAAAAAGUUGAUGUUAAGGCACUCUGGUUACCUGAUAAGCAUCAUCUGAUUAUGGUCCCCAAUCUCUAUUGGGCCCCUAUAUCUCUAUUGUGGUCCCCUAUAUCUCUAUUGGGCCAAUCUAUACAUUUCUACCAAAUUUUAUUCUAUAUUCUUGCUUGCUUUUCUGUUCAUUUACUUGGUAUUUAUAUCUCCCCUAUAUUUACUUUGUGUUUUAUAUAUUACUUUUUGUUAUGCAUUGCUAUUUAUGGUACAUUGGUACUCCUAAUUUAUAAUUUCAUUGUAAUCUCAUGUUAUGACAUCUUGUUCUACUGGAUAGUCUACUAUAGUAUAUAUAGUAUAUUAUAUAUAUAGUACCUGUGUUAUGACCUGUGGUUACAACAAUAAAUUUACUUACUUACUUAAAAUAUAUUAAGACCCCCCAAAUAACUCCCUUCUCCUGCAAAAAAAAAGAAGUUACUCAUCUGGUCCAUAAUGUUUGGAGAUUUUUAAAAUAAAAUCACCUUACUCCUUUGGCAGCAGCGGCUCCAACAGCACCAGGACGCACUAAGAAUGUUCCUGGCAACUAAUUGCUGCUGGCCGCCAUCUUUUUUUAAAGUCUAGAAUGAAUCAGGAAAUGACUCUAUGACAUUUUGACGCAGGUCAUAUUCCUGGCUCUUUUUAGGUUUUAAAAGAUGACAACCAGCCUUCUGAGCACUUCAGGGCUUUGUGACCAAGUUUAAAAAAAAAUAAAAAUCCCUGCCCAACACCACUCCCCUAAUAAAAAUGCUAGAUUUCCAGUGGCAACCAGAUGCAGUAUUCCAUACUAUGAAGUCCCUAAAGUUUUAAAACAAAUAUGGUUGUACUUAAUAUAUACUCUUUGCUUACUGGUGAGGCUCCUCCCUUGUGCAGGGGAUCGAAUUCAGAGAGAGUGCGAGUGCGAAUGCUGCCCACUGCUUCCUUUCAGGGAGUGGUUUAUAACAAUAUGGCAACCUGUGGCAAGGCCUUUUGGUGAAGACCAGGGGGAAGAACUGAGCAAAGGAAAAUAUCAGUAGGCUAUGAAGCUGAAUUUUCUCUCAUUUCAUGAUUAAGCUGUCCUUGGUUUAGCAUUGACAGCACUUGACAAGGACUUGUAGUUUACAUUUAAUGGGCAAGGUCUAGCCAAUGUAACUACUUCUGAAUCAAUUUCCCUAAGGAAGAUUUAAACAGUUGCUUAACUCUUUUUAAAGAGUUGAAACUGAAAAAUGCUUAUCUUUAGAAGAACCGUAAAGUAAAGUUGUGCCAUCCAGUCAGUGUCGACUCCUAGCGACCACAGAGCCAUGUAGUUUUCUGUGGUAGAAUACAGGAGGGGUUUAUCAUUGCCAAAGAACCAUAUCCAAGGUUAAAAGUUUGUUUAGGAACAUAGGAAGCUGCCAUAUACUGAGUCAGACAAUUUGUCUAUCAAGCUCAGUAUUGUCUUCACAGACUGGCAGCAGCUUCUCCCAAGUUGCAGGCACGAGUCUCUCUCAGCCCUAUCUUGGAGAUGCUGCCAGUGAGGGAACUUGGAUCCUUCUGCAUGCAUGCAGAUGCUCUUCUCAGAGCGGCUCCAUCCCCUAAGGGGAAUAUCUUACAGUGCUUACACAUUUGGUCUCCCAUUCAAAUGCAAACCAGGGUGGACCCUGCUUAGCAAAGGGGACAGUUCAUGCUUGCUACCACAAGACCAGCUCUCCUUUAUAUUGUUAAGUAAAGAAAGGUACUUGGUAACUGAUUGUUACUUCUAAUAGAUUAUCUUGAAGUUUUAUAGCUAUGAUUGGUGUUUGAUAUGUAUCCUACUCUUGUGGUUAAAUGUUGGAUAAAGUGAUUUGAUGAGUGAAUUAUAGUGCAUACAUGCAUUGUCCUGUAAAUGUUUUCCAUGGAAUAAUUACUGCAGUCAUUUCAAUCAAGGGAAGAAAGUGCCGGCAAAUUGGGGGUCUGUGAUAAUUCAUUAGUGAUUGGUGUCAGUUGAUUGGGUUACUUCAUCACUCUUGAUUUUUCAUAUUUUGCUUAAUUGAAGUUGGCAUUAGAUUUGGAGUAUUGUGGUCUUUAAAACCCCAAUUUAUUAAUAACAAAUUAAUCUGAAUAAGACUCCAUUGGGCAAGAUAUUGUUUCUGCUUGGGCAUGGGAGGGGAGAUGUGAUUUUUGUUGACACCCACCCACCCCCAUUACCUCUGCAGCCCCUAUGGAACAUAUUUUGGGCAGUUACAGGGGACUGUAGAGGGAAUGGAGGGAGGUGAGAGGUGAAUAUUGCCUCUUCUCCCCAUGCCUGAGCGGAAGUGUUACAUCCAUGCAAGUCUUCGUCUGGAUCCUGCCCAUCCUUUGCAGUCCGAUUGAUGGAACUGAUAGCAAUUUAAAGCUAAAUUUCGUAGGAUUAUAUGAGGGCACUGAUGAGUGUUUUGGAUGAUAAAACGAGUUACUUGAAUUGUUACAUGAAUCCUGUAUUAUUAGAAAUACUUUGUAAGUUGUCUUGUAGGUGUUCAUAUUAAAUAUUGUAUUAUUUCAUUGAGAACACUAUAUAUCAUGUAGUAUGGUAUCAUUGUAUAAGGAAGAAAAAGGACAGAAAUAUUGCAUCAUCACUCAAAUGGAAAGAGAUUUUUGAGAAGCAGAAAUUACACUAGUAAUGAGUGGAUAUGUUGACGUUAUCUUCUGAGGAACAAAAGCAUAUUUUUAUAACCAAACUUGAAAUAUCAGAAAAGACAUCAUGGUUAGAAGAUUGAUACAUCCAGGGAAAAUAAUGUCAUGAUGAUCAGAAGACAUUUUGGACAGCUAAUUAAAAUCUAGGUUGAUAAGCAAAUGCUCAGCAAGACUGCAGUGAAAGGCAUGAGAGAGAGAAAAAAUACCUAAGCAUUUUUAAUCAAAGAAUACUGGACAGAAUUGAUGAACUGGAAAACAGAACAAAUAAUAUAGUUGCAGGAAAGUCCAGAAAGAAUUGAAGGUGGGUAAGCUAUAGCUUUUAUGGAAUUACGGGCGACUCUGUGAUUGAAAUGGUCAGAACAAACAAACAAGAUUUAAAUAUUAUUUUAGGCUAUGAUCUAGACCUGAUCACCAUGUAUUUGGUGUCGGGGAACACCCCAGGGGAAUGGAUUGAUUCAGAGUCAUGAUCCCAAGUAGGUGAGGUCUGGAUCCAUGGAGUGAUUUCUGCUCAGGAUCAGUUUUUAUCCGUGUUCUGGCCAAGAUUGGUGUCUUGAAUGGCAGAAUGUCCAACCCUUCUGGUACUGAAAGAACUUCAAAAUUUACAGGAGUUAAGGCAUAAUUUCAGUAGAAGGUUGCAAAGAGGAUAUAGUUACUUACUACAACAAAUGGAAGACAAAGUCUUGUGUAUGGUUUCAUCCUGAUGUAAUGAUUGCCCUGUGCUAAUUGAUUCAGGUAAGUGUGAGUGUUGCUGAGCUCUUUUGAGAAAGCUUUGACUCUCCAAGGGGUAGAUGACCAAUCCUUAGGGAAGUGCUUCCUCAGCUCUGUGAGAUGAGAGGACUUUGAUGGUUUUCUCCAAGGAGAAGCCAUCUUCCCGGAAGAUAGCACUUCUGAGUGUUCUAUACCUCAGGGCCCAAUUGAGGAAGAUGUGUAAUAGUAGCAGCCUCUCUGUCAGGGCUGCAAAACUUCAGCUUGAACUCCCAUCAUGCCUAACUAUUGGCUACUGUGGCUGGGGAUGAUGGGAGUUGUAGUCAAGGCAUAGCUGGAGGGCUGAAGUUGUGCAGCCCUGCUCUAGGCCAAGAGCCAGUAGCUUAUAUACUUCAUGAUGGAGGCUGGAGUUCAAAAUAGAACCCCAGAGACUUGGGCCAAUGACCCCAUUAAGGCAGCUAUUGAGUUUGGCAGGUGCCCCACAUACGGCUUUUGCAGCCUGGUUUGUUCCAACUUCCUAAGGAGUUGUCCACAUGCUGUUGAAGUACCUCACAGAAGUUCCUAGUGCCAUAUGCUGGCAAUCAAUGAAAAAGCGAUGCCUUUUCAAGAGUACUUUUAUUCUAGCCUGAAAAAGACAUGGUGGUUUCACAGAUUGUCCUCAGAUGGUGCUAAAUCACCAUCUGGAAGAAACCAGAUGCUACAUCAAGGAUGUUAAAAGAGAUGGAAAGUUCCAGGACUCCCAAGCCUGCAGCAGGCCCUGCACUUGGGACCUGGGGGAUGUGGAGCGUAGCCAAAGGAGCGAACCAUGGGGGAAAACCAGUGGCAAUGCUCUUACCACGGAAUCUUUUUUUAAAAAAGUGUUCUUAUCAAAAGGAAAGCACAAAUUAUCUGUGGAUAUUUCCAUUCAGAUGUUAUAAAAGCCAAUAUUCAUGCUAUUGAAAAAUGGCAUUUUGUUUGAUGAGAUGGGACUUGUGACAGAUCCUGAGAAUGUGUUGAAUCAAUAAUAUCAAAACCUUGUAGUUUGAUCUUGCUUUAGAUCAUAUUGUGCUUAUCAGGUAUGAUGUUGAGCUGUGUCAUGUUUUUCCUUCUCUUCUUAUUUAUUUAUUAACAUUCUUUUUUAUACCACCCAAAACUUUUCUUCUGAGGAAGAAAAACAUUUUUCUGCCUGCCUUGACUUUGUUGGCCCUUUUUUGACUACCGUUGGCUCAACUUGCUCUGAUGUAACAGCCUCCGCUUCACUUGCCAUGUCAAAGGGUCUUGUUGCUGAUUGUUUUAGGGAUAGUAGGAAAAAGCUUUGACUCAGGAGCUCCAAGCAAGCUAUGUAAAAUUAAACCACAGAAGUAUUGCCCAUGCAUUUCAAAAGACACUUGUGUGGUUUCGUUUUGGAGGCUCUUGCAGUUUGGGCAGAACAGUUGCUGUUUGCAGGGUACAAUUAUAUUGUGAAGGUCAGCUUCAGUUAACACUAAUAAUCUGUACAGCAUAAUUAAAUCUUGGAUUAUUUGGGGAAAUUGAUAGAAUUGUUGAAUUUUUUAUAUAUGAUCUAGCUAGCGUGACUGCUUUGAGUUUAAAUGGGAACAUUUCUCCUCUGGGAAGUGUGUGAUGUCUAGAACAAUAAGUGAUAGAACACUUAAUGUAUAUUUGAAUAAUCAAUAAAGCACUUCCAGUUAUCCAAAAAUGGUGGUGGUGGUUGUUGUUGUUGAUGAUCCCUUGCUAACUGAGCAAAGGGGCAUCUUUUAAAAGUGGUGAUUCUCUUUAUUUAGCGGGGGAGAGCAACUGGCCCUAUCCAUCUCUGGCACGGCAUUCCUCCAGUGGCUGUUGCUGGUGGCUAUCUUAUGUUUCUUUUUUAGAUUGUGAACCCUUUGGGGACAGGGAUCCAUUUCAUUCAUUCAUUCAUUUAUAUCCGUGUAAACCACUUUGGAAACUUUAGUUGAAAAGUGGUAUAUAAAUAUUUAUUGUAUUGUGGUGUUAUUAUUAAAAUAUUGUUAUACCAUCCAAAAUGUAUGUCUCUGGGUGGUUUACAACAAAGGAAAAAAUAAAAUGUAAAACAUUAGUUAAAACAACAGAACAACAAAAAAGUUAAAAUGUUACAACUUAAAUUAACAGUAUUAAAACAAUAUUUAAUUAAAA